AUGACCCCGCAGCGCUGCAGGGACAUCAUGCACCAGCUGCAUCUGCAGGAAAUCGAGAAGAUGAGGCGUCAGCGGUCGUUCCCUAUGCCUGAAAUCAGGCCGGGUGAUCUCGUGGAGGUGAAGUACGAGCUGAGCCGCAGCCAACAGACCUUCGCCGUGUUUCAAGGCUUCUGCGUUGAAGUGCGGAACAAGUUCCUCAACUCCGGCUUUGUCUUAAAGAACACCUACGAUGGAGUGGGUGUAGAGCAGUUGGUCCCGCGCUAUUCGCCGCGAGUGCUUGGGGUUCGCGUUAUCCAGGCACUGAAGCCCAGGUCCGCGAAUGUUGACAAGCGACCGUGGACCAGAAACUACCGUUACGCCUGGCACUACUUCGUGCGCGGCAAGUACUCGUGGGGCAAGCGCCUUCGCUGGCGCUUCCACACUCCGCAGCGCCCUGGCAUCAUGUCUCUGGAGCCGAAGAUCCGCCGAGAAUUGGCAGCAGUGCGACGACGGUAUCAGAUGCAGCGCAAGGAGGCGCGCUUGCCGCCGUACAUCUUUCCUGGUCCGUACCACGUCACGCGACGGCAGACCCGAGAGAUUUCGGCAGAGCGCUACCGUCGAAUGCUGAUCUAUGCGUGGGAUGAACGACAGCAAAGGGAAGCCAAGAAGAAGCGGCUCGCCGACAAGCACCGCUGGGGCAGGUUCAGGAUCGACAAGGAGCCCAAGACGACGGCCUUGUCGGAGCUGCCAAGCUACCAUCCUCUCAUGGACAACUUGCCCAAGUGA